UUGGAGAAGCUCCAACACAUGAGCUUACCUCUCCCGAAAUAAGUGUUUUUUGUGAAUGACAGGGUCGUUAAGACUGACAAAAAGAUCUCUCACUUACACAGCACUACAAGGCUACUCUCUGUGAUACUUUAACUGGAGCUGGACACUAAAAAAAGGGCAAAAACGUUUUUAUUCCCAUUCUGAGUCUAAGUCCACAAGGAUAUACUCAAAAAACAGUUACAAUGUUUUUAUUCUGCUUCUGAGCCAAGUCCAAAUGGGCUUAGUCAAAAAAACGGCCAAAAACGUUUUUAUUUCCAUUCUGUGCCUAAAUGUGGAUGGACUUAUUCUCAAAAACUGUGAAAAUGUUUUUAUUCUUCUUCUAGGCCCUUGUUUCCAUCCUCCAGCGUGGGCAGGAUGUCCUCAGAAGGUGUCCGAAAAUAAUGCAUGGUCGUCGGACUGACCGUCGGGGAUCGGGAGGCCAUAAUUCUUCCAGAGAUUCAUCUUCACUCACUGUCUCAUCUUAAGAAAUGGCUGGGGAAAAGAAAUCUGCAGCUGCACAUAGACACUAUCUACUCUGUCCAGUUUGUUUGAGGACCCAAGAGUCUCUAUCCUGUCACCUGCGCAGAGUCUGCAUGAAGGAUAAGACACCACCACAGAUCCUAGAGGUGGUUGAAAAGGCCAAGAAAGAUGUGUGUGACCUCCUGAAGAAUGGACGGGCUUUUAGUUAUGCAGUCCUGAAGCAAAUCGUCUCAUCACCAAAUCCACUCGAAGGAUUGAUUGAGGAGCUGAAAUACCAUCACUUGUUUGUGACAGGAGUCCCUCCUCCUCUGCCCAUUGGUAAUCCAAGGUUGGUCACCGAAACCCUUUCUGAAUGCCCUGGGGAGGCACCCGGAGAGACAGAGCCAUCUGAUGUGGAAUCUUGCGGCAGCAAUGAGCUUUUUCAAUGUAGACAAGAGAAAACGUAUACCAAAGACAAAAUGGUGAAAGCGAAGGAUUUAGGCAUUUUGAAAAAGCAUUCAGCAGAUCAUCCAUUGCUCAAGCGCUUUGCCGACUACCUAAAGAAUGAUUACGAAAAUGCAAAGUACCAACAGGAGGUUGACACUGUUUCCCGGUACCUGUAUUUUGCUGAUCCUACGGAACCAUCUUUGAAGUUUGUCAAUGACAGAGAGAAGCUCAGAGACUUCCUGGGUCAACAGGCUAAGGCAGGGUAUAAGGCACAAACAUCAGGAAAUUACAUCAAGUGCUUGAAAAGGUUCUUGGAGUUCCACUUGACAAGGACCGGCUUGAGACAGGAUGACAGGGAGCUCUACAAGCAGUGCACGUUAUAUUUGAGUUUUUUAACUUCUUCACAGAGUGUCCUCUCUAAGCAAGCGAGCAAAGAAAUUGUGCAAAAGAGGCAUGCCUUGUUGUUUGACAAAAGUCAACCCACACCUCGUGAAUGCUUGGCUGUUCUUGAUAAAGGUGAAGGUGACUUAGUGAAAAUCAUGAAUCAACUUGAUGACAGUUCUUCUUCCUCCCUGAGUAGGACUGAGUGCAUAUUUGUGCUAUACUAUCUUGAGGCAAUUGUCAUAUUAAGACACUGCCAACGGCCAUGUGUGGUGCAGAGCAUGAAGGUCAAGGAAUGGCUUGAACGGAAACACGCAGAUGAUGAUUCAAUUGUUUUUGUAAAGGACCACAAGACGGCUGCACAUUUUGUGGUCUCAAUUGUCCUGUCCAAGAAGGAGGAGGCGUGGUUUGAGAAAUAUUACAACAAAGUGCGGCCACAGCUCCUUGCUGGCGAAAGGAAACGUAAGCGAGAUGAGCAGGAUGAGAAGGAUGGAGAUGAUUUUUUCUUUGUGUCCUCCCGCGGGAAGCCAAUUUACAAUGCAGCUGGUGAUCUGAUAAAGCUCCAGCAAAAGUGCAACGUCCCCCAGGUGAGCAGCCAGGUUGUACGGAGGGUAUUUGAGACAGCAGCUAACCGCCUGGAUGACCCUCAGAAGAAAGCAGUUUCUGACUACCUGGGAUGAGGACUCCAAAAUCGUACCAUGACCCGUUUGGUGAGAUGUUUCAUAUGUUUUUUAGUGGAACAAUUCUUGGCAUGUAUGGAUAAACUUUCUGAAUAUGAUGCGUGGCCUUUGACCUUUGGGGGGUGGUGGGGCGGCGGGUGACUCCUAAAGCUUACAGGGCAUCUGCCUUCAGAGACACCUAUGACAUGUCCCUGUUUGGUGAAAUGUUUCAUCUGUGUGUUUGUUUGUGCUGAUGGCUCUUUAAAGGAUAGGGAUGAGGACUCCAAAAGCGGGAAAUGACCCAUUUUGGUGAAAUGUUUCAUAUGUGUUUUUUAGUGCUGAUUUUUGUUUUUGUUGUGUAGCUGUUUUGCAACUUGUUCUAGCUUGUGUAACUUAAAUUGAGGUUCUGUGGUGAUAUCCUGUUUCUUAUCUUUAGAGAUAUAUCAAUUAAAAAUCG